AUGCUUAUCUUUAAAGCAUUACUAUAUAAAUACACUGAUUUCCUGAGUAGUGUUGGAAUAAACUCGUCCAGCCUGGAUCAGGACAUCAAGAAGGUGGAGCCGAAAAAAUCCGAAAAUGAGCUACACUGGGAGGAAUUGGUACGCAACAUGAUACGCCCACUCAAUCUUUGUGAUCUAGACUUCACCGAUUUGAAUUCGGAAGACGAGAAAGAUAUGCUAGCGCCGCGUGGUCUUGGCUGUGGUGUACCGCCGCCACCACCACCAUUCGCUGGUGGCAUACCGCCGCCCAUGAUGCCACCUAUGAAUAGUCUGGCCAGCAUGGUGCCACCGCCGAUGUUCAGCUACAGCGGCUACGGCAGCAUGACGAACAGCGCCAACAGCUCCAUGAAUGGUUCCAUGAAUGGCGACGUCAGCAAUACGAAUACCAUCAAGAAGAAUAAAAAAACGGUGAAAUUAUUUUGGAAGGAGGUGCGCGAGGAUAUGAUACCCGUUGUGAUUGGCAAAACCAUUUGGGAUGAGUUGCCGCAGGCAAAUGUGGACAUACAAAAGCUGGAGCAUCUCUUCGAGUCCAGAGCCAAAGACCUAAUGACCAAGAAACAACAAGAACUGAAUAAAAGCAAAGAGAUUAUCGUAUUGGAUCAUAAACGCUCGAAUGCCAUAAAUAUUGCGAUGACAAAGUUGCCACCGCCGCGUGCCAUUAAAGCGGCAAUACUGAAGAUGGAUGCAACGGUGGUGACGCGCGAAGGCAUCGAUAAGCUAUUGAAUAUGUUGCCAACGGAUGAGGAACGCGGCAAGAUACAAGAAGCGCAGAUGGCCAAUCCAGAGUUGCCUUUGGGCAGCGCCGAGCAAUUUCUCCUCACCUUGGCCACCAUUUCGGAGUUGGGCGCGAGGCUAAAGCUGUGGGCAUUCCGCUUGGAUUUCGAUAAUAGCGAAAAAGAAAUUGCGGAACCAUUGAUGGAUCUGAAACAAGGCAUCGAAAUUCUACGAAAUAAUCGCACCUUCAAAUGCAUUCUGUCGACGCUGCUGUCGGUCGGAAUAUUUUUGAAUGGUGCGCCAGUUAAGGGUUUCCAGAUCGAGUAUUUAUCCAAGGUACCUGAGGUCAAAGACACCGUACAUAAGCAUUCGUUGCUGCAUCAUCUCUGCCACAUGGUGAUGGAGUCGAGUCCGGACACCACGGAUCUAUACUCGGAAAUUGGGCCAAUCACGCGCGCCUCUAAGGCUGACUUUUCCGAUUUGGCACACAACUUGAGCCAGUUGGAGACUGAAUGCAAGGCUUCGUGGGAUCGCCUCAAAUUGAUUGCCAAACACGACUGUCCACCGCAGCUGAAGCAGAAGUUGGUUGACUUCUUGGCGGACUGUGCGGAACGCAUUAUCAUUCUGCAAAUCGUGCAUCGGCGUGUGAUUAACAGAUAUCGCAAGUUCCUGCUGUGGCUGGGCGUACCCCAACACAGCGUAGCCGAAUCGAAGCCAAACGAAUUUUGUCGCAUUCUUUCGGAGUUCGCUCUGGAGUACCGCACCACACGUGAGCGCGUGCAACAGCAGCUGGAGAAGAAGGCGAACCAUCGCGAACGCAAUAAGACGCGUGGCAAACUCAUUAUAGAUAUGGCCAAAUUCAAAACCAAAGAAGAUCGCGCCGAUGCGGAACUGAAAGUGUUGCUCGGCACGCCCAGUUCCGACACAGCCGAUGGCACAUUGACGUGGCGUCGCAGACGCGCCGAGAACUUGCGCUCGCCCAUUGCGCGCCAAAGCGAGGAGAACUUCACCGAUGGUGAUGAUGAGAUCCUGGAAUCGUUGGUAAAGACUGCGACCAAAGCGCCAGGUACACGCACGACGCCGCGCGAACGGAAGCGCACACGCCAUGCUGAUCGCAAAUCAUUGCGUCGAACGCUUAAAAACGGCCUAACGGAGGAGGAGAAACAACACGUUGCGGCUUUAAUAAAAACCUAUUAGCGUUUUAAGUAGUCCUAUGUAGUCGUCGACAGACUGUAUGUAGCGUCAUAGAAAGAAACACUAUGAAACAGACUGAGAAGCGUGAAAGAGAAGUUGGAAAAAACACACGAUUUUAUACCUAGAUGAUUUUCCUUAUUGAUUUUAUUUUGGACGAUCUCAAGCGAUACCAGUGAGCAAGUAAAGUGACGGAUUGGAGAGCAAUGAAGUGCCUUGCAGAGAAGAAGAAAUUGUAAAUCAACGAAAGGAACCAAUGCGUCGAAUGCGAUAGAUGAAAAAAAAAUUGAAAUUUUGCAUAUUGAAAUAUUUGACCCGUGGAGCGUUGAAUUUUACAAAUAGAACGAUAAUAACAUAGCAUGUAAACGUAUAGCGUAACACGAAAGUGCCUACUCAGAAUAUCCCUUUUGGUGUAAAUUGAGGAAAGCUGGAAAGCGCUUUUGUGGAGCAAACGGAACGGCAGUUAACGAUACUUGCGAAAAGCUUAUUUCUUUUACUUAGUUAAUACAAAGUAUAAAAAUGUAUUGUAGUCAAACAACGAUAUUUUAUUAUUAGACCUUAUCGAUUAUAAACUUUCUCACAUCUCUUCUUAUUUUUGUAAAAUUAUUAAUUCUAAUUUCUUUCUUUAUUUUAUUGUGUACACUCGCAUGUUAGUUGUUAUCUUUAAAUUAACGAAUUUCCCAAUCUUAUGGGUUCACUUACUUAGUUGGAGGAUGGAAAGAUGGAUUUAGAUUAAAAUUCUUUAGUUUUUUUUUGUUUCAAUUUUGAUUUGGUUAAGUAAUGUAUUCACUCUCUUGUUAUCGCGCUUCAAUUAACUGAAAUUAUAUAAUAUUUAUAUUGGACAUGAUCGGAAAAUUUUGGUGAAAAUCUUAAAACUAAAAAUGCGUAAAACAAAUAAAGCAAAAUAUAAAAAAAAA